UUCUUUUGACAAAAGGAUGAAGUCUCUAUCUGUCAGGGAAGCCGAGAUAUUGCAAAAUAAAAAAGGUCUUCAACUUUUGAACAGCACUUUUUAUAUAAAAAUUAACCCGGUCCUGAAAGGGUUAAUGAUAAUUGGGCUAUGGAUGUGAUUCAAGAUGAAACCGGAAUGAUACCAGAUCAAGAAACCGUUGCUAAUUUACUGAAGAAAUGUAGAUCUUUGGUUAAUAUGAUUAAGCGAUCUUCGAUAUUGACGUCGUUUUUUGAUUGUGAACGAAUGAAAGCUAAUAUUAAAUGUACAUUAUCAGGAGACAUGAAAACAAGAUGGAACAGCAGCUUUAUCAUGAUUAACAGUUUAUUGAAACUUCGUGUGAUUAUUGAAACGUUGUUUAAAGAAAAAUAUGAUCUAAAUGUUCGACGGGAUCAAAUAACAAGAUUAAUUGCAAUGGAAUUAUUAACGGAUGAUUGGACAUUGUUAGAAAAAUUACAUUAUGUUUUAGAACCAUUUUAUGUAGCCACUACCAUAAUGUCUGGCCGAUCUUAUUCUACAAUCGGAAUUUGUUAUUAUCUGUAA